AUGGACGGGGGAAGAGAGCAGCAGGCGCCGCCGGAGGGGCAUCCCGGUAAGAACCUCAUCAAGAUCCCGUCCUAUCAGGAGGUCUUCGACACCGGCGCCACCUCCUCUUCCUCGAAGCCGGCCUCCUACAACCCUCCUCUAGCCAGCUCCGGCGGCGCCGCCGUUUCAUCCUCGUCGUCGUCCUUGGGAUCAUUCUCGCAGGAUUUCUCCUUCCUCAAGUCCUCCGAGUUCUACUCCCCUCCGCCGCCGCCUCCCCAGCCCACCACCACCACCCCGAGGCCGCCUCAGGCUAGCCCCUCAGCGCCGACGCCCCAGAGCAAGAACGCCAUUCUCGUCAGUCAUAGGCAGAGAGGGAACCCUCUGCUGAAGCACAUCAGGAAUGCUAGGUGGACGUUCGCAGAAGUCGUGCCGGACUAUGUGCUUGGGCAAUCGUCAUGUGCCUUGUACUUGAGUAUCAGGUACCAUCUUCUACAUCCAGACUACUUGUACUAUCGGAUAAGAGAGCUGCAGAAGAAUUUCAGGCUGCGUGUCAUCUUGUGCCAUGUUGAUGUUGAAGAUGUAAUCAAGCCUUUGCAUGAAAUUACAAGAACAGCGCUGCUUCAUGACUGCACCCUCUUGUGUGGUUGGAGCCUGGAGGAAUGUGGUCGGUACUUGGAGACUAUUAAAGUAUAUGAAAACAAGCCAGCUGACAUUAUUCGUGAGCACAUGGAUAACGACUAUCUAUCACGGUUGACGCAUGCGCUUACAUCCAUUCGGCAUGUUAAUAAAACAGAUGUUGUCACACUUGGUUCAUCUUUUGGGUCACUCUCACAAAUCAUGAAUGCUUCUAUGGAGGAGCUGGCUCGAUGCCCAGGAAUUGGUGAGCGGAAGGUAAAACGACUCUAUGAUAGCUUCCAUGAGCCGUUCAAACGGGUUUCUGCCCGACCAAACCUUGUAGUACCUGAUACCCCAGACCGAGAGAAAGCAAAAGGUCAACCUUCAUCUACUGAUGACAGUUUGCAAGAUGCGGUGGAAAAGCCAGAUGCGUCGAAGAAGAAGAAAGGCUCUGAUGUAAGGUCAGCCCUUACCGCUGCCUUUGCCAAGUACUCAGAGAAGAUCCGCAGCCAGGGCCGCGAUGCAGCAAACGAGGCCGGUGAAGGUACUAGCAGCUCAACCAUGGAAGCUGACAGGGCGAGAGACUGA